AAAAAAAAUAAUAAUAAACAUUAUUGAGCGGCUUUGUUUAUUUACCUUCGUCCUACUAUAAAAUUCUUAUUAUUAGUAUUUCACGGUAUUAAAAGAUCACGGCAUCCAGUGAGUGAAAGAAUGAUAUUUUUUAGGAAAUUGGUAUUGGAGCCAUCAUUGAAACUAACACGAUUUAUUAGAUAAAACCAGUAAAUCCACUUAGGUAUUUCUAAUCUUGAUAAGUGAUUAAAUCAUCCACAUGCCUAAUUAUUUAUCUGAGCAGUGAGUCAUAGAAAAACAAAAAAUGUCCACUGAUAUUGUAACCUCCAGUAAUUUAAAAAAUGAGCUAAGCAAGCCAGAUUUUUACAUAGGAUUAGCUCUAGCAAUUAGUUCCUCAAUAUUCAUUGGCUCCAGUUUUAUAAUCAAGAAAAUAUCACUGAAAAGACUUGGUAAAGGGGGCCUCCGUGCUGGAGCAGGUGGAUAUGGUUACCUAAAAGACUGGACAUGGUGGAUUGGUUUUUUAACUAUGGGUAUUGGAGAACUAGCCAACUUUGGAGCUUAUGCUUUUGCUCCUGCAUCCCUUGUAACUCCUCUCGGAGCAUUAUCAGUUUUAGUUUCAGCCUUAUUGGCUUCCAGGUUUCUAAAUGAAACCUUAACUACUCAUGGAAAGAUGGGUUGUAUUCUCUGCAUUCUGGGAUCGAUUGUUAUAGUGAUCCAUGCUCCACAUAGUGAAGAAUUUGAGUCGAUCGAUGAAUUGUUUAAGAAGCUGAUUGAAGCAGAUUUUCUCUAUUAUGUAUUUAUAGUUGCUGUGAUCAUCAUUUCAAUAGUGUUCUACAUAGGACCGAGAUAUGGAACAAGAUAUGUAGCUGUAUAUGUAGCGUUGUGCUCAGCUACAGGAAGUUUGACGGUCAUGUCCUGUAAAGCUAUGGGUUUGGCAAUUAGGAGUGCUGUAUCAGGUCAGCUACCAACCCAGGAUCUCUGGAUCGUCUUUCUUCUCCUUCUUGCAGUGAUUGCCUUUAUUUGCAUGCAAAUGAACUACUUAAAUAAAGCUUUGGAUAUUUUUGACACUACUAUAGUCACACCCAUUUAUUACGUCAUGUUCACGACAAUGGUGAUAGUGGUGUCAGCAAUUUUAUUCAAAGAAUGGUCAAGGAUGAAUGUACAGAGCAUUUUCGGAGCCCUUUGUGGAUUCGGAAUCACCGUAGUGGCGAUAGUGCUGCUUGGCAGUGGUCAGAAGGAGAAACACUCUUUUACUAGGGGUACUAGUGUUAGGGAAUAUGGAAGUCAUCACGUUUAUGUGUCUUAAUUAGACAUGCCUCAUAUUUCUUUCAAUGUGAUUUUACGAGACAAGUAUUUAAAAAUAAUUAAUUAAGGAAAAAAUUAAAGGAGUUUUACCGAA